AUGGCGUCAGCUGAUAUUCCCCACGACGGGCUUCAUCACACUGUCAUCAUCAGUUCAGAUUCGGAGAUGGAUGAACGCCAGCCCCCAGCACGAAAGCUGCGAAGAAAGAGACCCCGCACAGACUACAGCUAUCCAAUGUAUGAGGCUCAAUCUAACGACCCGGCACCCUCCGAAAUGUCCCAGCCACCGAAAAGACAUAACCUGGGCAUGGUAUUGGAAACCGCGAACCAGGAAAUCCAUAACAUUUUCAAGGCGGAGCAUGUGCUGAGAGAGUUACUGGAGAAAGAAGUGCAGCGCCUGCGUGCGGAAAUGACUAGGAAGAAUGAGCUCAUUGACAAGCUUGAGACUGAAGUCUGUGAGCUGAAGUAUCAAUGUCGAUGCCAGAUCUGUUAUACCAUCCCGUCAGGAUGGCGGACCCUUCUGUGUGGGCAUCGGUAUUGCCCGGAAUGCGCUCCCCCCAUUACUGAAAUCUGCGGAACGUGUCGCCAGGUUGUCGUUGGUGUUAUCAAGAGCUACUAG